AGGUUGAGCCAAAGCCAGGUAGUAACAGUCAUCUUUGAUUCAAAACCUACUCCAAUUCUUUGUCACAUGGGAGAUUUUGGAUGUGGAGAUGGAGGAUGGACACCGGUCAUGAAGAUGAACGGUAGCAAGGUGUGAAAUUUUAUUUGGCAACAUGUUAUUUAAUGUUCGAACUGUUCUACGGUUGUGUCGCCUUAUAAUAUGGCCCCGGCUAGGUUGAUUCCAACGUGCAUUUAGGUCGACUAAACCCUCGUCGUUGGGGUUUUAGAAUUGCUUCGAGCGAGUAGAGGGAGACUAUGGUAUUGCAAACUAAUGGCCAUACUGAUGACGUAUCACUGUCAAGAUCUGGGUAAUGCUUUUGAUUGGUCCUGCUACAUGGCAGAUUUGCUUCAGCCAAUCAGAGGGACUAUCGAGAUCUGGGUAGUGACGCGUCAUCAGCAGUGGAAUUUCUACGCUUUUCUCAGACAUCAUUUCGCUUUUCUCAGGCUAAGAAACGAAUGCUUACAAUUUAGCUAAGCUUAGACAGUUCACAGUCCUAUAUUUUUCCGUAAGAUCGUCGAGAUCGAGUGCUUUGCGUUACGGGCUGCCAUCUUCAUGAGUGUCAAAACUUCUUAGGGGGUGGGGGCGGUUUGGGAGGAAGCGGGAAAAAUAUUUUUCUCGUCGCCCUCCCCUUACAGAUAUAAUCCCCGACGCCCGCCCCCGCGAUACAUUUAAAAAUCAAGAUGGCCGCCAUUAAGGUAAGACGCGCUAUAUCUCGACGAUCUCACGAUGAAAGAGGGGACAGUGAACAGUCUAAGCUAAGCUAUAUACUUACAAUUUCUCCUUUAAAUCAUACAAAGGCCAUUGAACUGUUUUUUUCUUCCACAGCAAACCUUUCAUUACGAUGCCUCGCUCUGGAGCAACAAAGAAACUUUCAACCUUGAUGGAGGGAAGACCGGGUUUGACUCCCAAGAGACCAAACUUCCCUCCUACUGGAACACAUCCUUCUCCAAGAUCUGCCUCGGCAUGAAGAUCGGUCAGCAGUUUAAUUUCAUUGUAAUCAACAGGAGCGCCAGUUCUCUGCACUCUUUGAUCGCUGACGGACAAUUUCGCGCUACUUCUCUGGGUCGCGACACGUGGAAGUUGUUGAUUGGUCCUGAGGGGUCCCUGCAGUUUGAGUGUAAUAAAGAAGGGUUCAACAGUCAUGUGGUCGGCAGAGUCCAUUCCAAAGCCAGGAUCGGCAUCAUUAGUAACCAGGAAAACCAUUGCAAUUCCUGUGACUCUAGAAUUGGGUUUGGUACUGGUGGGUUACAUGAUGACACCAACUCCUGUGGAAACCAGGCUACCCACUAUCCAGAUAAUGGUAACAAGCAUAUCAAAGCCGUAGGAUAUAUCCUCGUGCAGUGA